AUGUUAAAAGUACAAUUCCUUCAUAUUAAUUAAUGUUUUCAUUUUUAAUACUCUAAACGUGCCGUUAGAGUGUUAGUAAGUGGAUAUUGUUAAAUUGUACAAACUAUGAGCAUUUUCUGAGUAAUUAACGACAACUAAUUGAUGAGAUGCGGAUGGCUGUUGACACAUUUAGAAGUAUUCACAGAGUGUUCUAAUGGAUUUUUGCAAUAACUAUAUUGAAAUUGUAGAGAUUGCUUGAGAUUCAUCAUUUAGAAAGAUUAGGCAAAUAGAAAACAUAUCGAAAAGCAACAAUCUUAGAUAAUUUGAAUGCGUUAUAAAACAUUGUUCUCAGAUAUGCAUACAAAACGCACAAAUUUGAAUAUACAGAGUUGGAUAUUAUUUUUCAAUGAGAUUUAAUCAUUGAUUUAAUCUAUAAAGUCUGAACUUUAUCUGCCAGUGUUUUCAUGAAAGUAUAUCAGUUUAUGUUGUGAGUGUUCAGGAAAAUUAAAUCCCAUUUGGAGUCACUAAGAGAGGGUGGAUCUAUCUACCAGACAGGCAAUGAUCGAAGUUUCAGUCUGAAACGUUAGUUGUCACGCCGAGGAAACACGAUAUAUAUAGGAGAAACAAGUCCUGGGUAUUUUACCUCUGUUAAGGAUACAUAACACACAAUGUUGUGUUCGGAUGUCUCUGUACCAGGUUUACCACAAGUUAUCCGUUAUAUCAUGUUUACGAUUGUAGUGCUACUUUUUGACACCGUCGUGCUAAUAAUAUGGAUAAAACCUUCGAACCGUUCAGCGGUGACAAUGUGCCUUUCUCUGUUGGCUAUUUGCGACGUACUAUCUAUUGUCUGUGCGACAACACAUGCAUUAACUGGAUUUACCAGCAACGAAUGGAAUAAUGGUUCGUUUUGUCCAGUUUACCAGCUGAGUCAUGUACUAUCCGGCUUGUUUCAUUCGAUUUCGGUACUAGUGACCAUGAGUUUAGCGUUGCAGCGUUUUGUAGUUUGUGCAUUCCCUUUUAGAGGCCGGCGAAUAUGUAACAAGAAACUACAGAUUGGGUUGAUAACUAUCAGCUUUAUACUUCCAAUAGGAUUUAUGAGUCCAAAUAUAUAUGGACUGCAUACAUUACGUAAAGUUACAUUCUCAAAUAUGGAUUCGUUUGGAAACGGUUCUAUAUGGUAUAAUAGAAGUUUCACUGACUUUGAUAUUGAGGAAGGGAGUUGCUCAGCAUUAAAUAAUAAAACGUUAUCGGAGGAAACUUUCUCUGACGUAACAGAUUAUACAGCUGUAUGCGUUUCUUCAAUAAUGCUGUCAGGAAAAAUAUUACAGGUUUUUCUUUUCUGGCGAAUAAUUUUUCUCCAUAUUAUCCCAAGCAUUACAAUUACAUUUUGUAUGGGAUUCUGUCUUCUCACUGUACGUAAUACAAAAAUAUUUAAGUUGCAAUCUCGUAGAGUUGAAACAAUGCUGACGUCUCAUAGAAAGAAAACAAUAUUAUUAGCUUUAGUUAUGUUUAGUAUUUUAACAGGAGAAAUUCCAAACUGUAUAUAUCUUACUUUGGAAAUGGUUUAUGGUAAGUCACGUGAUGAUAUUUGGUUAUUGUCACGAACAGGGCAGACAUUCUGUGAGCUUUUCACAGCCAGCUCUUAUUUACACAAUGUUGUUAUUUAUAUAGCCAUGAGUAGGCAAUUCAGACGGGAAAUAUGGCAACAGUUUCCUUGUAAAAGAAAAUAA